ACCGUAUAUAUAAUGCCUCCUUCCCUCGGCCUUUCAGUAUCGCAGCAUCUCCAUACUCAGAAGUACAACUAUACUGCUCAUUUGAAUUUCAUCAUCCCCAAAAAUGGAGCAAACUUUCAUCAUGAUCAAGCCUGAUGGUGUCCAAAGGGGCCUGGUUGGUGACAUCAUUAGCAGGUUUGAGAAGAAGGGCUUCUAUUUGAAAGGUAUGAAGUUCAUCAAUGUGGAUCGUCCUUUUGCUGAGAAGCACUACGAGGACUUGUCUGCAAAGCCCUUCUUCAGUGGAUUGGUUGAUUACAUUAUCUCAGGUCCCGUUGUUGCUAUGAUCUGGGAGGGUAAGAAUGUUAUUCUUACCGGCCGAAAGAUCAUUGGUGCCACCAACCCAGCAGAAUCUGCCCCCGGAACCAUCCGUGGUGAUUAUGCAAUUGAGAUUGGCAGGAACAUCAUUCAUGGAAGUGACUCAGCCGAGGGUGCAAGGAAGGAGAUUGCACUGUGGUUCCCCGAUGGCCCUGCGAACUGGCAGAGCAGCGUCCACCACUGGAUCUAUGAGUAAAGGAUGUCCGAUUAAUCCACCGGGUGCCGCCCAUUGUCAUAUUUUCCUUUCCGACUAGUCUUCUAAUGAACUUGUUACGUUUUGACUUAUAUUUUGAGUGUGGUAAUACCUAUUUCUUCGGAACCUUGGGAUGCCAGAGAGAUUUAAGGUUAUUGUAGUGCUUGCUAAGAACUGCUGGGUUUCUAUGUGUGCCCUUUCAAAUCAAGUUUCAUAUCGGAGUGUUUA